AUGAACCAAGUCGUCAACUUAUACGCAUCUGAACGAGAAGCGGAGGCAAUUUCAUCGAAGGCUUCACGGGCUGAAUUUUCCAAGGAUUACGAUCAGGCGUUCAAGCUCUAUAUCAAAGCCGCAGAAGCUUUCCUUCAUCUGAGCCGGGUGACUGGCGCCACUGAUACGGCUACGCAGCGGUGGAAAUCUAGUGCUAACAAGUCUCUUGAACGUGCAGAGAAAAUCAAGAGAUUUGUCGAGGCCUCUCGGCGAGCCGUAAUCCCCCCGUCCAAUUCAGACCAACAACCGGCUGCAGAACUCCAUUUAACGCCUGUUGCCAUUGACCAUUUCUCCCAUCAGGAGCAACUCUACGUGCUGAAAAGAGGAAGCCAUGUAAAUGGCCUUAUUUUUCCGCUGUGGGACGAUCCUAUAUCGAUGCCAAAUUGCCAGAGUGUGGGUUAUAUCGAUCCUGACGGACAACCAAAGCUUUCACCUGAUCAAGAGAGGGUCUCUCCUAUUUGGCGGCGACCAGGAUUCACUCUCCUGAGUCCUGCAACAACCAAACCCAGUCGACGUAUCUUACCGCAAGAGAUAUUGCAGCAUGUCGUGACCGAUUGCUCCGUCUGCGCGUCUAUAUCUGUGUGUCUCGAGCAUGGUCGAAGAUUCGGCUCUACUCUCGCAGAGUCGUCGGUACGAAGUCUAUCCGACGGACAACAAGUUAAUGGGCGAUAUGAUAUUCGCAUUUUGUUCAACGGUGCAUGGCGUCGAAUAGGUGAGGUUUCCCCCAUCAAUCAACUCUUCGCCUCAUUCCAAGGAUUUCUAGUUGUCGACGACCAGCUGCCUUUCCAUCCAACAGAAGGCACUGUGAUGUGUAUGUCUAUUUUAUCGCCCAAAUCGACGGAAGCCCCGGAUGUCGAGGAGGCACCGCUCUGGCCGAGUCUUUUAGAAAAGGCUUAUAUGAAGCUCAUGGGCGGCUACGACUUUCCAGGAUCAAACUCGAGCAUCGAUCUCCAGUAG